UAGAACGGUAGAUCCCUUCUCUCUCUUCUCUCUUCUCUCUUCUCUUUCUCUCUCUCAUUUGAUUUCCUUCCCCAAUUCUUCAAACCCAAUCCCCUUCUCCUCCUCCUUCAAUCAUAUAUCAUUCAUAUUUCCCGGGUUUGAUAUUAUAUAGUGAAAGAGUAAGUUGGAGUUCAAGGGACUGAGGGGAAAACAAGGAGAGAAGUUGUUUGAGGUAUCCCAGAAAAUUUUGGUUCGUUUGGAUUUAGGUCUGGAUGCUGAUGGUGGGUGGAUGUAGUUCUGUACACUAGAAACAGUCAACUGUUGCUUCAUAAGGUGACAUUUUAGUAUUGGAGAGCUAGAAUCCAUGGUGAUUAUUUGUUGUUGAUUUGUUUCUUCCCACCAGCAACCCUCGGGACUUACAGAUGGCUUUUUAUAAUGAAGAAGAGAAGACUGAGGAUUACCUUUUCAAAAUUGUUUUAAUUGGUGAUUCUGCUGUUGGAAAAUCAAAUUUACUUGCAAGAUUCGCCAGGGAUGAAUUUUAUCCUAAUUCUAAGUCAACUAUAGGAGUAGAGUUUCAAACUCAGAAAAUGGAAAUUAAUGGAAAGGAAGUAAAAGCGCAGAUAUGGGACACAGCUGGGCAAGAGCGGUUCAGAGCUGUUACUUCUGCAUAUUAUAGGGGUGCAGUCGGUGCACUUCUGGUCUAUGACAUUAGUAGGCGCCAAACGUUUGAUAGCAUAGGUCGAUGGCUUAACGAACUUCACACUCACUCUGAUAUGAACGUUGUCACAAUACUUGUUGGGAACAAGUCAGAUCUUAAGGAUGCCAGGGAAGUACCUACGCCCGAAGGCAAGGCCUUAGCUGAGGCACAGGGUUUGUUCUUCAUGGAGACAUCAGCACUUGAUUCAUCAAAUGUAGUUUCUGCUUUUCAAACAGUUGUGAAAGAAAUCUACAACAUAUUGAGCCGGAAGGUUAUGAUGUCGCAAGAGCUCAAGAAAGAUGAUACUCCCUGGAUUGAAAAUGCAAAGACUGUUGUUCUACAAGAAGGGGAUCGAGAAGCAGAAGGGGAGUCAAAAAAGGGUUGUUGUUCGUCUUAGGCUUGAUACUUUAGCGGCUCCAAAAGUCUGUUCUUAUUAUAGUUAUUCAACCAAACCUGAAAAUGCCACUUGGAUAUUUUGGAUUGAUCUUAAAUGUUAGUUGAAAGGGAUUUGGAGUAGAAAUUGUCAAUGAAUUGCAAGCACAAUUAAAAGUAAUGACAACAAAAAAAAAGUAGUGCUUUUCGUUAUAAGAA